AUGUCUUCAAACACCGUUGAUGCUGUUGAUAAAACUGUCAAUGAAUUAGAAAACUUGAACAUCAACAAGGAUCAAGAAUCUUCAACCGUUGAAUCUUCAACCGCCCCAUCCACCAGUGCUACUGAAUCAACCGCUGAAGGUGAACAAGCUUCAUCUUCUUCAGUUUCUGAAACCACUGCUUCUUUAUACGUUGGUGAAUUAGAACCAUCAAUCAAUGAAGCUUUAUUAUUCGAAAUUUUCUCUCCAAUUGGUCAAGUUUCUUCAAUCAGAGUUUGUCGUGAUGCUUUAACCAAAAGAUCUUUAGGUUAUGCUUAUGUUAACUAUCAUAAUGUUAAAGAUGGUGAAAAAGCUAUUGAUGAAUUAAACUACUCUGUUGUUAAAGGUCAACCAAUUAGAAUCAUGUGGUCUCAACGUGAUCCUGCUAAAAGAAGAAAUGGUGAAGGUAAUGUUUUCAUUAAAAACUUACAUCCAGCUAUUGAUAACAAAGCUUUACAUGAUACUUUCUCAGCUUUUGGUAGAAUUUUAUCUUGUAAAGUUGCCACUGAUAACUUUGGUCAAUCAAAAGGUUUCGGUUUCGUUCAUUUCGAAUCCCCAGAAGCUGCUCAAGCCGCUAUUGAAAAUGUUAACGGUAUGUUAUUAAACAACAAUGAAGUUUAUGUUGGUCCUCAUGUUGCAAGAAGAGAUCGUCAAUCAAAAUUAGAAGAAGUUAUUAAAUCCUUCACAAAUGUUUAUGUUAAAAACAUUGAUUUAGAAGCCUCAGAAGAAGAAGUUAAAGAAUUAUUCACUCCAUUUGGUACUGUUACUUCAUUCUAUUUAGAAAAAGAUGCUGAAGGUAAAUCAAGAGGUUUUGCUUUUGUUAACUAUGAAGAACAUGAAGCUGCUGUUAAAUCUAUUGAAUCAUUAAAUGAUCAAGAUUAUAAAGGUAAAAAAUUAUACGUUGGUCGUGCUCAAAAGAAAUCUGAAAGAUUAGAAGAAUUGAAAAAACAAUAUGAAGCUGCAAGAAUUGAAAAAUUAACAAAAUCUCAAGGUGUUAACUUAUUUGUUAAAAACUUGGAUGAUUCAAUUGAUGAUGAAAAAUUAAAAGAAGAAUUCCAAUCAUUCGGUACUAUUUCUUCAGUUAAAGUUAUGAUUGAUGAAUCUGGUAAAUCUAAAGGUUUUGGUUUCGUUUCAUUCUCUUCUCCAGAAGAAGCUUCAAGAGCUAUUUCUGAAAUGAAUCAACAUAUGUUAGCUGGUAAACCAUUAUACGUUGCCUUAGCUCAAAGAAAAGAUGUUAGACGUUCUCAAUUAGAACAACAAAUUCAAGCUAGAAAUCAAUUAAGAUUACAACAAGCUGCUGCUGCCGGUGGAUUACCAGGUCAAUUCAUUCCAACUCCAUUCAUUUAUGGUCAACAACCUCAAUUUUUACCACCAGGUGCUAGAGGUCCAUUACCAAAUCAACCAUUUUUAAUUCCAAGACCAGGUCAAGGUUUACCACCACAAGCUGCUGGUGGUCAAUGGGUUGGUGGUCGUCCAGGUCAACCAGCUUAUGGUUUACCACAAGAAUUCCAACAAUUCCCUCAAGGUGGUAGAGGUGGAUUCCGUGGUGGUCGUGGUAAUGGUCCAAGAAACCAAGGUGGUCGUGGUCCAGCUCCAAAUGCUGCUCCAAUUGAUCCAAAUGCUCAACCAGGUGCUGGUAACGUUGCUCAAUUAGCUUCAAUCUUACCAAAUGUUCCAGUUGAACAACAAAAAAGAUUAUUAGGUGAAGAAUUAUACCAAAGAAUUGUUUCAACUGGUAAAGCUCAAGAUCCAGAAUCUGCUGGUAAAAUUACUGGUAUGAUGUUAGAUUUAGAAAACCAAGAAAUCUUAUCAUUAUUAGAAAAUGAAGAAUUAUUCAAACAACAUUUUGAUGAUGCAUUCCAAGCUUAUGAAGAUUUCAAAAAAUCUGGUGGUGAACAACAAACUGAAGAAGAACAAGCUUAA